AUGUCUGCUUCGUCGUCGUGUGAAGAGUGGACCACGGUCCCUGAGCACUUCGACGUGGAGUCCGAAGACGAGAAUCAGCAUCUCGAUGAGGAUAUGGUCUCUGAAGAUGAGACCCAAUAUUACGUCGAGGACAUCGCCUCUGAUGAUGACCUCCCUGACCUUGAGGACGCCUCUUAUCCUGAAGCGCCCGAGCCUGCGGAUUCCCCCUUUCCCGGCCUCGCCCUGCUCCUAAAUACGUUUAGGGACCUUCUCGAGCGCAUCGAAAACCUGCUUCGAUUCCUCUCGGGUGCCGCUCUGUUUCUUGUGCCCCUCGCUCUUCUUGCUUUCAUCAGGCUUGUGGCCGAUUUCCAGGCCGGUCCCUUCUUCAAGCUCGCUUCGGUUCCGAAGACAAAUGCCACGGUUUCGACGCUUUGGGUCACGGUCACGGUAGCCACGCCCACGAUGACAUGGAUUCUCCCGGCACGCCCCACGAAGAGCUUCACGGUUACGAAAACGAGUGUAGAGACUGUCACUGUCACAGCUUUCCCUUCUCCUUUAGCAUCCAACGGUGUACAUGGUGCUAAACGCGUCCAGGAUGCGCUAUCCAAGCUCGAGCGUCUGGGCGAAGCUGUCCUGACAGUUGGUUACUCCAGGGAAUCUGCGAAGUCUCCUGGAGACCCUCAUUCUGCUGCUGCUCAUAGCAACACACAAGCGCUCCAAGCGUGCCUUUCCAGUGCACAAGACACGGCCUCCUCGAUGUUCUCGACGUCGGCGCUCACGGCCAGCGCACCAGCUUCUAAGAAGACGGGACACACUAGCAACACCAAGAAAGCACCCAGGUGGUCCUCCGAAGCCUCAUGGAACGCCGGUACGGUGGAGAUAUUCGCCUCAAUCUGGGCCGAUGCCAUUACUGCAGCGUCUUCCGCUGUUUUCGAAUACACGAGCGCCGUCCUCCCAGAUUGCUCGUCUGCGUCGUUAUUACUACUGCCCAUGCUUACUGAGAAGGCCGACGACGCCGCUCUGAGCCAGCAGGUUUUCACCGACGGUUUCGAAAUCUGCGUUCAUGCUGAUCGGGCUUUGGAAUGCGUUGGCCGCGGCGUGGCCCGCGCAGUGGCCGCAGCAGCAGUGAGGAGGAAGGACUAG